AUGCCGUCGAACCUCGAGAUUGCAUCUUCAUUUAUUCGAGGUGCUCCACCAGGAGAGCUCUCGGACGUUGUCGCAGAUAUAAAAGCAUUGACCCCGGAGGGACCGGCGCUCAUUUCUUCGCUUGCGCCUGCUUUCGAGAAAUACAAUGAGGAACAACUAGCUACUGUCAAGCUGCCUGGAGGCAGUGAAGAGGUUAUCGUUAGUUCAUAUAAUAAGCUUGAUAACAAUCGAUACUACGAUGUACAGACUCAGACAUCGUUUCAAUUUGAUCACGUCACUCAGACUGCCUCGUCGCCACAAUCAUAUGUUCUGGAGUCGCGGCAUUCCGAUUUGAUUAAAUCGCUCCUGAAAUCGCUCUCAGCACAUGCUCGAGAGCAUUACCCAAGUUGCUCGUACGGUGUAUAUCCAACGGACGAUGACUCUACCGUUGCUAUCCUAUUAGUCGCGAACAAAUAUUCUCCAAAUAAUUUCUGGAACGGCCGAUACCGAGCCAUUUACACAGUCCCCGCCCCCUCCACAGACACAAUAACCGGCACUAUCCACAUUAACGUCCAUUACUACGAAGAUGGCAAUGUAUCGCUAAACACCACAAAACCCAUCUCGAUAUCCCUCCCUGUCAAUUCUUCCGCGGAUACGGUUAUCAAACGCAUCGCUGCGGCGGAACGGGCUCAGCAGCUCGAACUCAGUGACGCUUUUAGCAGAUUAUCGGAAGGGGCGUUUAAGGGCCUCCGCAGGCAAUUACCUAUUACGCGGCAAAAGGUAGAGUGGGAGAAAGUGGGCGGGUAUAGACUCGGGCAAGAUAUUUCAGGUGGGAAGGGUCGGUAG